CUGCCCCCGCCCCGCCCCAGUCCUGUAGGGUGGCCCUAGUGCCCCGCUCUGGGAUCUGGGGCCUUUCUUCGGGGAGUUAGUUCCGGUCCAGGGACUGACCUGUUCAGAGGCUUGGCUAUAGGGUGCUUCGCCUCUAGGGCAUGACUUCCUGUCUAGCUUCAAGGUAUGGGGGAGGUGGGAUUGGAUGUCUGAGGGAAUGGCACGAAGAUUGUUGACCUCUAGUGUAUUAGUAGUGGUUGGGGAAGGAAAAUCCAGUUCUUUUUUCUCCACUAUAGUUAGGUUAUUGAUGGCAUGGGACCAAAGAUGGCUUUUCAAAUUGUUACAUAGAAUUCCUUAAUUCUUCUUCCUCAGAGCUCUGUGAAGAUGCUUUUGCAUCUCAUCAAAUGCCCUGUGUUCAGUGUGUGUUUUUCAUCAUGAAUUGUUUCCAGCAUCACAUGGGCCUAAAACUUCCCCACCAUGAAAUCAGGUCUUGUACAGAUAUAAUGAUGCUUUAGGUACCACUCCCAUGUGUCAUCCUCAGGGUUUGUUUUUUUUAUUAUAAUAAAGUUGGAAGUGGAACAUCACAAUAAAUAAAUUAGCUGUGUGAAAGAGGGUACGUUGACAUCUGUCUGAUACUAGACUGGUGAAUGGGAAGAAGGUCCCAUCUGUGGCCUGUUUGUGGAAGCUGAGAUGAUGAAGGCGCUUCAGUGGGAACAUGCUGUGGUACAGGGUUGACGCUCCAUCCCGUAUGUGAUAGUGGUAGAGCAAUUGGAAAGGUUACAUGCAGAGUUCUGGUAAACUAGGAUGGAAGAAUCUCAUUUCAACUCCUCCCCGUACUUCUGGCCAGCAGCGCCCACAGUCUCGGGACAGAUCGAGAAUACCAUGUUCAUUAACAAGAUGAAGGAGCAGCUAUUGCCCCCAGAAAAGGGCUGCAGCCUGGCUCCCCCCCACUACCCCACCCUGCUGACAGUACCCACCUCUGUGGCCCUACCCACCGGCAUCUCCAUGGAUUCAGACACCAAGUCGGAGCAGCUGACCCCACACAGCCAAGCCCCCGUGACCCAGAACAUCACUGUGGUGCCAGUACAGUCUGCCGGGCUCAUGACAGCAGGUCCUGGCCUGGUGAUUACUUCCCACUCAGGUUCCCUGGUGACCACAGCCUCUUCUGCCCAAACCUUCCCCAUCUCAGCCCCAAUGAUUGUCUCUGCACUACCCCCUGGCUCCCAGGCUGCCCUCCAGGUGGUGCCUGACCUGUCGAAGAAGGUGAUAACCUCCCUCUCUGAAGGUGGGGGAGUUGCCCCUAAACCUCCCCGGGGCCGGAAGAAGAAGCGACUGCAGGAGGCGGGGCUGCCAGUGAUGAGCGAUCCGUUUGUGUUGUCAAACGAGGAUGAUGAGGACCAGCACAAGGAUGGCAAGACGUACAGGUGCCGGAUGUGUUCGCUGACGUUCUAUUCCAAGUCGGAGAUGCAGAUCCACUCCAAGUCUCAUACGGAGACAAAGCCACACAAGUGUCCUCACUGCUCCAAGAGCUUUGCCAACAGCUCCUACCUGGCCCAGCACAUUCGCAUCCACUCAGGGGCCAAGCCCUACACGUGCAGCUACUGCCAGAAGGCCUUCCGCCAGCUCUCCCACCUGCAGCAGCACACACGGAUCCACUCCAAGCUUCACACAGCGAUUGUCAAGCCGCACAAGUGUCCUCACUGCUCCAAGAGCUUCGCCAACACGUCCUACCUGGCCCAGCACCUCCGCAUCCACUCGGGGGCCAAGCCCUACACCUGCCGCUACUGCCAGAAGGCCUUCCGCCAGCUCUCCCACCUGCAGCAGCACACACGCAUCCACACUGGGGACCGACCCUACAAAUGUGCCCACCCAGGCUGUGAAAAGGCUUUCACUCAGCUCUCCAAUCUGCAGUCCCACAGGCGGCAGCACAACAAAGACAAACCGUUCAAGUGCCACAAUUGCCACCGCGCGUACACAGAUGCUGCCUCGCUGGAAGUUCACCUGGCUACGCACACAGUGAAGCACGCCAAGGUCUAUACCUGCUCCAUCUGCAGCCGGGCCUACACCUCAGAGACGUACCUGAUGAAGCACAUGCGGAAACACAACAUCCCUGACCCACAGCAGCAAGUGGCACAGGCUCAAGUUCAGGCCUCCCAACAGCAGCACUUCCAGCCGCAGGGUGGUGGGGCAGCGGGGGGCCCUUCUGGAGACACUAACCCCCCCAACCCUCCAUCCCAUUGCUCGUUUGACCUGACCCCUUACAAGACUUCAGAGCACCACAAGAACAUCUGCCUCACUGUCAGCACCAGCACCAUCCAGGUGGAGCAUCUUUCCAGCUCCUAAGAGCGACUUUGACCUAGGGAGCAGAAAACCUCUCGUGCAUAGCCUAUGCCCAGGGGCAGUGCUUGUGCAAUGGCCCCUCCUUGUGCAACAGCCUCUGGCCUCUCCUUGUGCAACAGCCUCUCCUGGCAGUGUACCCUGUUAAUGGCAGCCCCUGGAGUGAUAGCGUGUCUCCACAGGCAUCUUAUGCAACAGCCUGCUCCAAAGAGGGGAUACUCUCACCUGCAAGAGCCCCUUUCCUGUGCUGGGAGACAGCUCCUCACACAUGAGCCCCUGAGUUCACACACACAAGAAAGGCCUCAUUUUUGCCUCCUGUAUAAUUUUAAAACGUGUCUUGAAGGCUGGUGGAGGGGGCACCCUCUGGGCCACACAUGACGGGAUGGGAUGGAAAGAGGCUGUUUUUGUGCAGAGGGGCUUGAACGUAUGCUGGCAGCAGGGCAUUGACGGUUCUGACAAGGUUCACUGUGUGGGUUUUUUUUAGGAUUUUCUAAUGUGGCUAAAGGAAAACAUUAAUUCCCCUCUCCUACUUGUGGAAGUGAGGAGGGGUCAGUUCUCCAGCCCCAGGCUAGGAUAAUUCCCCUGUUCCCUGGGUGAAAGGGAGAACUCUUGGGGACAGGGGAGGUGAUGCGUAUUCCCUGGCUUUGACAUUGCCUAAGCUGUUGGAGGAUGUGGGAGGGCUGCAAUUUCUCUUCUCCCCUACUGGAGAACACAGGCAGGGUCUGUGUCUGGUCCAGCUGCCCUGUCUGCCACCCAGCUGUAGGAGAGAGACCACCCCACAGAGAUCCAGGGGAGUGGAUCCCAGGUCACUGCUGGGCCUGCCCUUUGUGGAUAAUGCAAUAGUAGCUCAGUCUCCAUCUCCCCCCAAAAGAGUCUGCAGGCAGCAUCAGGAAACCAAAAAAGCAGUGGGAGGAUAAGAGACUGCCACAGUGCUCAUUGCCCACCCCUCCCAUGUCCCCUUCCCAGGAACGAGGGGCAGGGGUUCUGACCCUCACCCUUCCUCUGCUCAGUUCAGCAGUCUGGCUUCUGGUUCCCAAAGCAGGAGGCGAAACAGACCAGCCUCUUCAAAGAGGCAGGAAAAGGCUAAUUCCUCCUGCUCGUGUCUCACCAUGGGCAUUCUUCCAGGCUCCCUCUUGCCAAGACGGGCUGGACUCACAUGGUAAUGGUGGCCUCUUUUAGAAACAGGACCAGCUGGAUUCCCCAGAAGGUGGACAAUUGAGGGAAGGGAACAGACACCCCAACAAGGAGAGACCAAACCAAUGAGAAGGGGGAGCCGCCAAGAAUAAACUGAAAGCCCCUUGAAUUUAUUAAAAAAAAAUCUAUUUCCUACCCCUGGCCCGCUCUGUUCUUGCUGUAACUGUUUCUAUCUCUGUGUUUAUAAAAUGCAUUAUCCAGGCAAAUUUUUAUUUUCAAUCUUUGUGUCUUCUCCCCCCCCCCCUUUCCUCUUUCUCUUUUUGUCUUUGAGUUAUUUUCAACGUCCCCUUUUUUUGGUCCAUAUGGUUUCUGGAUUAUCAUGUAAUUAUUUGUCUGGCUUUUAAUUGGAUCAUGAAGGCUGGCUCAGAAGAAAGAGAACAAGGAAGUAAGAAAAAAAUUAUUUAUUGAUAUUAAACCCAAAACCCCCAAGACCCCAAGCUUCUGUAUAAACUACUGCGAGAGGGUGGGUGUUUUACAACAUUGUAUAGAAAGAAAUUGGUGUAAAAGGCUUACUGGGGCACGGAGGUGCUGGUGUGAGCAUGAACAUCUUUCUGCCCCUAUGCACAAGGUAAGCGAGCAAGAAUUGUGUGUUCCUGCCUGUGUGCACCAGUGUAUCUAUGUGAGCAGCUGUAUAAAUGUGCAUCUCUACUUUUGAGUGUGAACAGUUUUGACAGAGGAACAUACUCCUCCCUCUGUGUGCUGGGCAUGAGUGGGCUGGAGUUGUGAGCGUUAUGUCCUUAUGCUCCUAUGCAUGCAUUGCUGCAAAUGGCUGUGGGAUUGUAUCAUCAAAUUUUAGGCCAGAAGGGACCAUUAGAUCAUCUGGUCUGAUCUGUAUAUUGCAGACCAUUACAUUUAACCAGUUACCCCUCUGUGCAGCUCAAUCACUUUUGUGUUUGGCUAAAGUCUAUCUUCCAGAGAGGCAUCCAUGCUUGAUUUGAAGAGGUAGAGAAUCCACCACUUCCCUUGGUAGUUUGUUCCACUAGUUACCCUCACUGUUAAAAAUUGUGCCUAAGUUCUAACUUAAAUUAGUCUAGCGCCAGGCUCUAGCCAGCAGUUCUUGCUAGAUUAAAGACCUCUUUAGUACCCAAUAUUUUCUCCCCAUGAAGAUACUUUGAUACUGAAAUCAAGUCACUUCUCAGUCUUCUGUCUGAGAAGAUAAACAGAUGGAGCUCUUUAAGUCUGUUACUGUAAAGUAUUCUCCACAGCCCUGAAAUCACUUUUGUGGCUCUUCUCUAUGCUCUGUCCAGUUUCUCCACAUCCUUGAAAUAUGGACUCCAAAACUGGAUGCAGUAUUCUGGUAUCAGUCUGACUAAUACCGUGUACAGGGGUAAAAUUACCCUCUUACUUCUGCUCAGUACUCCCCUGUUUAUAUAUCUAAGGAUCUUAUUGGUCCUUUUUGCAUCACUGGGAGUUGCUUGUCUAUUGUGACACCUAAAUCCCUUUCAGUGCCCCUGCUUUCCAGAAUACAGUCUGUAGGUGUGAGCAAUCAUUCCUUGUUCCUAUAUGUAUAACUUUGCAUUUGGGUGUAUUAAAACACAUUUUGUUUGAAUGGGCCCAGUUUACUAAGCAAUUCAGAUUGCUCUGUAGAACUGCUCUGGCCUCAUUCUGCCAAUCUUUGUGUUAUCAACAAAUUGUGCAAACAGUGAUUUUUAUAUUUCCAGAUCACUGCUGAAAAUCUGGCCUAGUAGCAAUCCCUGUGGAACCCCUCUAGAAACACUUCUCUUCAAUGAUAAUUUUCCACUGCCAACUAUUUGAGAUCUGUCAGCCAGUUUAACAUGUGCUCUAGUGAUAUUAUAUAGUGCUAUUUUUUAAUCAGAAUGUUCUUGUGCUGUACUAAGUCAAACACCUUACAAAAGUCUGUCUGAUACAUAUAUGCAGUUACCGUUUAUGAACCAAAAUUUUAAUCACAACAAAGAAUGAAAUCA